AAAUAAAUACUUUAAAUUUCUAUUAAUCUUUAUUUAUAUCUAUUCUCUUUCUAAUUACAGCAUUGCUGAAGAAAAGAAAAAUCUUGGUAACGACCAAUACAAAGCACAAAAUUAUCAGUCCGCUUUGAAAUUCUAUUCGGACGCCAUAUCACUAUGUCCCGAUUCGGCAACAUACUAUGGCAAUCGUGCUGCCUGUUAUAUGAUGUUAUCCAACUAUACGAAUGCAUUAAAUGAUGCUCGUACUGCAGUGCGUUUAGAUCCUAAAUUUGAAAAGGCCUAUGUGCGUAUUGCCAAAUGUUGUGUGGCCAAGGGUGAUAUUAUUGGCACCGAACAGGCAAUUAAACGUAUAGAAGAAAUUGAUGCUCAAAGUAAUGCUGUUAAUGCUGAGAAACAGGCUGUACAGCAACUAAGACAAUUGGAACAGACCAUACAAACUAAUUACGAUACAAAAGCCUAUCGUAAUGUAGUUUACUAUUUGGACUCGGCCAUUAAACUAGCGCCAGCAUGUUACCGUUAUCGUCUUUUGAAAGCCGAAUGUUUGGCUUAUUUGGGUCGCUGUGAUGAAGCUGUUGACAUUGCCAUUAGUGUUAUGAAAUUGGAUAGUACCUCGGCUGAUGCCAUCUAUGUACGUGGCUUGUGUUUCUAUUAUACCGACAAUUUGGAGAAGGGCAUUAAACAUUUCGAAUUGGCCUUACAACUGGAUCCCGAUCAUAAAAAAGCCAAAGAGAUGCGCACUAAAAGCAAAACCCUUAAGGAUAUGAAAGAGAACGGUAAUGUUCUGUUCAAAUCCGGACGCUAUCGUGAAGCCCAAGCUGUCUACACGGAUGCCUUACAAAUCGAUGAAUUCAAUAAGGAUAUCAAUUCGAAACUUUUAUACAAUCGCGCCUUGGUUCACUCUAAAAUCAAUAAUCUGCGUGAGGCGGUGGCUGAUUGUACUCGUGUUUUAGAAAUUAAUGAUAAAUACUUAAAGGCUUUGUUGUUGCGUGCCCGUUGCUAUAAUGAUCUCGAGAAAUUCGAUGAGUGUGUCAAUGAUUAUGAGGCCGCCUUACAGAUUCAAAAGACUCCGGAGAUUAAGAAAUUAUUGCGUGAUGCCAAAUUUGCUUUGAAGAAAUCUAAACGUAAGGAUUAUUAUAAGAUUUUGGGUGUCUCUCGCAAUGCCGGCGAAGAGGAGAUAAAGAAGGCUUAUCGCAAGAAGGCUUUAGUACAUCACCCCGAUCGUCAUGCCAACAGUUCGCCUGAGGAACGUAAAGAGCAGGAGUUGAAAUUCAAGGAAAUUGGUGAGGCUUAUGCGAUUUUGUCGGAUCAAAGGAAAAAGAUGCGUUACGAUAGUGGUCAAGAUAUGGAAGAACAUGAACAGGCUGACUUUGAUCCUAAUCAAAUGUUCCGUCACUUCUUCCAAUUUGGUGGUGGCCCUACCGGUCAAUCGUUUGGGUUUGAAUUUUAAACAUAAAUUAAAAAAAGUUGCGUUAUUAUUGUCAUCAAAAAAAUAACAACAGGAACUCUUAAACUAAAUCAACAACCAACUACACCACCCGCCGUCGUCAUCGUUGUCAUCCUGAAUUGCAACACUAUUAACUUAAAAAAGAACACAACAACAGCAAUUACAACAAAAUCUUAAAAAACGCAACAAACAAUUUAAACAAAAAAAAAAACUUUUUAAAAAAAUUAUAUAAUUUUGCAUGUUCAUUAAAAUUAAUUACAAAUUAAAUAAAAAAUAUAUAAUUUAUAAAAUUUAAUAAUAAAAAUUAAAACUUAAUAUAUUCCAACAAAUGCCACAUGACAGACAACUAAAAAACUAAUUUAACAACAUAUUAGGAAAAAACUUAAAUAAAUAAAUAUGUAACUGUGGACUUAAUAGAAAAAAACACAUAAUUUCAAAUAUAGAAAUAAAAUUUGUUAAAAAUAAAUAAAUACAAUAUCAAUAUAACUGAUUAAAUUUAAAAAAAGAAAUAAAUAAAAAAAAAAUACCUUAUAGCAAAACCACAAAUUAUACUUAGAUUAAACAUAGAUUUUACAUAAAACACUAUAAACAAAAUAAAACAAAACAACAAAAAAAUAUUUAAAAAAAACAAAAGCAUGAAUUUAUUAUUGUAAAAUUUGUUUUUAAACAGAUUUCACAAAAAAAAUCAAAAAUGGAAAAACACUGUCUUGCUGCAAAAAAAAAAAAAAACUUUAUUAUUCAUUGUUUAAUUAUAAGAUUUCUUAAUUUUUGUGUUUGUUGAACGAAUCCCUCCUCCUAAUUCUCCUAGCAAUCCUCCUUCCCUC